AUGACACCCCUAUUACCCCAGCGUCGCCAUCAGUCAUCCCUUGAGGGCAUCAUCAAUUUUUCCGGCCCUAAACCCUUCGCAGUGGAUGAACGGGCUGGGGCUCGGCGCAGAUUUUAUGAUAUUAUUAACCAUUUCGACACAACAGAUAAUGACAAAAGGGUUGGAUACAGGCGCCCUCGAUUUGUCCGCUAUACCUAUGAAUACUCGCGCUCUGAGUUAUCACAAGAUACAUUUCUACGCGCCUUCUUCGAAUUUAUGAAGCUAGAUGUCGCUGGGGAAGAAGAUAUUGACUUUCUUGAUGAAGACGUGGAGAAUCAACUGGGCAAGAACUUGAUCACAUUUGCAGACUUCCUGCUAGAUAACUUCUUUCUACCACUCAAAGCUUCUGGCCGGCACACUCCACAGCCCUCCCCUGCACAUCUUUCAGCCAUCCAAAGAGCACAAGGAGGAAUACAUGAAUUUACUGGGACACCUGACCGAAUAUCAGUCCUUCGAGGUUCUUGCCUUGUCCGUGACCGCCAUCGCUGUGUGAUCUCGCGCAAAUUUGAUCAGCAGGAGGCAAUAAUUCGUUUGACACAAGAUGGCAAUAAUGCCCAAGAUGAUGAAGGGAACCUGCUUCGGGGACAGUUAUCCAUGAUUUUAGAAGUGGCCCAUAUACUCCCACAUUCUCUGACACAAGCAAAUGCAAAUUGUCUAUUAGAUGAUUCCAAAAAAGCAGCACUCAUGAUUCUCAACAUGUUUGAUUGCAAUGUUUCACAUCUUAUGGAUGGUAACAAUAUUGACCGGCCAUUUAACGCUAUGAGUCUUACUCAACCCCCUUCACCCCGGCUCCUUGCCAUACACCAUGCUAUUGCUCAUAUCCUUCACCUCUCUGGGGUAGGGGAAUAUAUUGAUAACAUUCUGCGGGAUAUGGAGGAGACAGGUGUACAAGAGGAUGGGUCCACAGAACUCGGCCGUAUAAUGAAGUUGAGAUUGGGUGGUUGGCUAGGUGGCGCGGUUGGUGCAUAUGGUUAG